AUGGUAAGAAAAAUCGCAGAUUUUGGAUUUGAACGCAUUAGACGUUCAGGACUACAACAAAAUUUGAAGAACAGGCAGAUUCAGAUGAUAGCAAUUGGCGGUUCUAUUGGUACUGGUUUGUUUGUUGGGUCCGGCACUGCGUUAGACUUAAGCGGUCCUGGAUCUUUCAUUCUUUGUGACUCUCUAGCUAGUACGACGAUACUUAUAUCAAUUCAAGCUCUCAGUGAAUUGAUGGUUACUCUUCCAGCUUCUAGAUCCUUUUUGUCUUUAAACACCAGGUUUACUUCUUCAGCAUGUGCGUUUUGUGUAUCAUAA